CAACAUUACAGAUUUUUAUCUUCAAAUUAUGCGGUUAAGCGUAGAACUAAACCUAAAAACAGGCUCGGUGUACAGAGAUUUCGCUCCGUUGGAAAACGUUAAGAUUUAAAGGGUUAAUAAUAAUUAAAUCCACACGAAAAUGUUACCUUUAUCGUUGUUAAGGACUGCUCAAAAUCAUCCAAUGUUGGUUGAAUUGAAAAAUGGAGAAACCUACAAUGGGCAUUUGGUUAGUUGUGAUAAUUGGAUGAAUAUUAUUCUCCGUGAAGUUAUCUGCACAUCAAGAGAUGGUGACAAAUUCUGGAGAAUGCCUGAAUGUUACAUUAGAGGCAGUACUAUUAAGUAUCUUAGGAUUCCUGAUGAAGUAAUUGACAUGGUCAAAGAAGAAGCAACCAUGAAAAAUCGUACUAGGGACAAUAAGGGUGGUGGAGGAAGAGGAGGCAUGCAAAAUCAAAGAAACAGACCUUCUACCAGAGGUAAUUUCAAUGGUAGAGGGGGCAAACAAGGUGGACCUGGAGGUGGUGGUGGUGCCGGCCGCUCAGGUAUGGCCAAACCACAAUUGUUCAACAAGAACAAACCUAAAUAAUUACCAUAUAACAAUUUUUCAAUUUACAAUUUAUAUUAAUUUAAUUUCUGCAAAUUUCGUAUUUAAUUUAAUUCCAAUUUAAAAUAAUUGCUAAUGAAAUACAGUAAUCAACUUUA